AUGGAGAAGGAAGCAUACCUCAAGAUCAAGGAGAAGCUAAUGCAAUGUGGUGUACAAUGUAUGGAGAACAAGAUGCACCGAACUCGGUGGCAGGCAAUGAAUCAACAUCAAAUACCGGAUCUUAACCAAACCACGGAGGAAGGUACCGGAGAGAAUGAAUGGCUACAAGAUGAUGAAGGUCUUAACCUAGCAAGAAGGUGGGAUGAGAUAAUCGCCACAGAAUUGGAGAAUCUCAGAACAGAGGGUAAUGGCCAAGAGCAAACUGUGUCACGCCAAAGGGGAAGGCCUCCCAGAAGACCGCGAGGAUGA